UCAGAUAACACUGUACAUCAAUACAAUCCAGUCAAACUACCGUACAAUAGGCAGAGUAAAUGGGAAGACACAGAGUGCAGAAUAUAGUUCUCAGCAUAGUAGCGCACCAGUUCCAGAGACAAAGUCCAAUGCCUGCAGUGGGGCAGAGGUGAAUCAGACUGUUUCCUGCCUUUCGUUGUUUAUUUCCAGGAGGGCCGGCGGGGCUUGUUGAUCGUGUGAUGCAACUUUGCUCCACUGGGAGGGAGGGAGCGAGAGAGAGACAGAGGAGCGGGAUCCCGGCUCGGGAGGAGCGGGAAGAGGCAGUGGAUAUCACCCAGAGUGUGCGGGCAGCGAGUGAGUGAGCGGCCGGGCCAGCGCUGUGUCUGAGCAAACCCCUCGCCCCCCCACACCCAUCCCGCUCGGGGUGGGAGACCAGCGGACAGUCGCCAGCCGCCGCCACUAGCCCGCGAGCACGGCCCCCCCUGCAACAUGCCGGUGAGGAGCGGCUACAACUUGGUGGACGAUGUGGGCGACCCCAGGACACCGCUGCACAACGACGAAGCGUUCCAGCACGGACUGAACUUCCAGGCCAAGUACGUGGGGAGCCUGGACGUGCCGAGGCCCAACAGCCGGGUGGAGAUCGUGGCAGCCAUGCGGAGGAUACGGUACGAGUUUAAGGCCAAGAACAUCAAGAAGAAGAAGGUGAGCAUCGUGGUGUCUGUGGACGGGGUGAAGGUCAUGAUGAGGAAAAAGCAAAAGAGGAAGGAGUGGGCGUGGGAUGAGAGCAAGAUGCCCGUGAUGCACGACCCCAUCUACAGAAUAUUCUACGUGUCGCAUGACUCGCAGGAUUUGAAGAUAUUCAGUUACAUCGCCAGGGACGGAGUCAGCAAUACCUUCCGGUGUAACGUGUUUAAAUCGAAGAAGAAGAGCCAAGCGAUGCGUAUUGUCCGUACGGUGGGGCAGGCCUUUGAGGUGUGUCACAAGCUGAGUUUACAGCACGUGGAGCAGAAUGCCAAUGGUGGAGGGGACAAUGUCACAGAAGAACAACUCCCUGCCGGUCGUCAGCUGCCUGGAGCAGAGAGGAGCGGGAAAGUGGACAGAGACGUGGAACUCUACAGCACCAGAGAGUGCGACGGGACUGAGCCAGAAAUGGAUAAAUCCACACAACCUCUCACAGAGAGGAAUUAUCAGGACUCCAGGGACGGGACUCCGUUUGGGCCUUCGCCGCCGCCGUUGUCGCCCUCUGCUGGCAGCCCCUGCUCGUCGCUCACCCCGCUGGCCUCCCACCACCAGCUCCAGCUGCUCCAAGCCCAGCUCUGCCAGCAGCAGCAGCAGACACAGGUCGUCAUGGCGCAGCUGCAUCUGCUGAAGGACCAGCUGUCGGCCGAGACAGCGGCCAGAAUGGAGUCCCAGGCCCGCAUUCACCAGCUGAUGCUGCAGAACCGGGACCUCCUGCAACACCUCUCCCUGCUGGUGCGGCACCUGAACGACCUGGAGAGCAGGCUGAGCUCCCAGCAUGCGGCUGAUCAAAGCAUGAGCUCCAUUUCAGAACAGAUUUCGUUGUUGAACCUUCACCGCCACGACCUCAUCACGAACGCCCCUCCCACCUCCACACCGGCAAAUGUCCUGAUGGGUUCUCCAGGGACCGGCCACUUGUGUCGCUAUGGCAGCAGCCCGCCUCUGCGGAGAGCCACCGUCGACCUAACCCUGGACGUUAGUGACUUCCAUACGGUGAACGGGAAGUGGGAGGCCAGCGGAGCGGUGGAAGGGUCGCUGGUGAAUGGGGCGAUCCACGGAAGGAGAGAGAUGGUGGGCUCACUGACGUUCGAUGACCUGAGUCUGGAACCAAAGGCUGAAAGCAGGUUCGGCCGCACCAUCCCGCGGCUCGACCCCCCGCCGGCCGCCACCAGGAAGCGUUCCAGCAGAUGGCUGCCGACGGCCGCCGAGACCAGCGCGCGGUGCUCCCGGUCGGUGCUGGUCAACACCUUGCUCCACGGCUCGGACAGCUCCACCUUCACCGACGUCUCCUCCUGCACCUUCGCCCCGUCGGACUUCGACUCGGAAGCGCGGCCGGCGGCCGACGUGAGGUCCGACCCCGGGGACCUGUGGGCCUCUGCCGCGCCCCUGGGCUCGGGCGAGAAGGACGGGGCCGCAGGGCCUUCCGACGCCCCCUGGGCACCUCCUCUCCUAGACUCUCCUCCCCUUACUCCGGCCACCCCCUGUAACGGCCCUUGGGACCACACCAGCAGCACCCUCCCCUUCUCCCCGCCUCUCAACGACACAUGCCUGCACAUUAGCUUCUCAGAGGAUGAGGUUGCGGACAACGAGGCUGAAGACUCCAGAGCCCAGCAAACUGCCCCACUGGAAACCCCAGUGGCCGCCACAGAGAGCCCAACCUCCAGCUAAUACGUCUUGCUGCCAGUGAUGGUGGCACAAGGAACUGCACAUGCCGGUUUACAUUUAAAAAAGACACAAAGUGCUGGAGUAACUCUGCAUCUCGAGAGGACAUGGAUAGGUGGCGUUUCGGGUCGGGACCCGGCUUCAGACUUUGCCGUGUAUCGGAGCCUGAUGGCUGUUGGGAAGAAGGUGUUCUUGAACCCGGUGUCAUAGUUUUCUCCUCCCCCCUCCUCCAUCAGUCUGAAGAAGGGUCUCAACCUGAAACGUCACCUAACCCAUGUUCCCCAGAGAUGCUGCCUGACCCGCUGAGUUACUCCAGCACUUUGUGUAUCUCUGUUGCAGCCAGUGAUUCCCUGUUACUCCAGUACUAUUAAGCAUUGGAAGAGUCUCGAAAUCCUUUUCCUAUGUCUCCCAAGACCCAAGGGUAAUUUCCCACGCCAUUCCCAGGAGGAGGAGGACCAGGGCUUGAACACCAGGGCCACCUGAGAUGCUGUGGUCACGCGGCUUGCAAAUUCCCACUGGCUACAACUUUCCAAGUUGCUUUGGCCGAGUCCUGCAGCAGGUUCAGACACACGCUGGGCCCUGGCACCUUGACUGUGGGCCCCAGUGUGGAGAUCACCGUGGAGAUCAAGCACUGUGCACCAUAAUGUAGCAUCCGCUGGGUCUAGGCACAGUUUCCCAUCCCCGCCGUUCCCUGAAUUGUUGAUACUGCCUUCCAUCUUGGAUGUGGAGAGAGAGAAACGUGAGCAGUUUAUGACUGACCUCGAUCGCUGGAAACUAGCCUUCCAAUGCAAUAACAACCAUCUCUCUAUCACCCAUGCACUCUCCACUUUAGGAACAUGCUUUAGUUUUUUUUAAUGAAAAUCAUACCGUUCGACUGCCAUCUCUCGGGGAGGAGGAGGUGGGGGAAGGGGGGGGGGGCAGGGGGGGCCAGUGCUACUUCUGCGAUUGAGUUGCAUUUUUAAAGAAAGGUUUUGAAAAUGAAUCUGUUUAUACUUUAUAAAUAUUAACCUAAACACC